GAGAACUGUUUCCUGUACAACUCACUGAGCGUGGGCAUUAUCAUUCAGUUCGGUAGUGAACAACGUAACCGGGUGUAAAUUUAAUAAACUCUGUUUGAUAAAAAUGAAUAUAAAAAAAAGAAAAUGAGGGUCAGAAUCCGCAAAGUAAGGGGCUUAUUAACAAAGCUACUUUAUGUGGGAUGUUUAUGGAUCCUCUUUACUAGCUGCAAGAACAAUAAAACGAUAAGCCAAUUUGUGUCUUCAUUUAAACUAAGAAAUUUGCUACCGAGCUCAACUUUUUUUUCUGAAUUCAAUGAUUAUCUAAUUAGUACGCCGGGAUGUCACAUACCGAAUCAUGCGAUGAUGUUCACCAAAGCAAUUAAUUACAACCAUAAGUGUCCGGUUCGAGCGAUAUUUAUAAAGUAUUUGAAUAAUAAUAAGAUACUGUUUCAAAUUAAUAAAAAGCAAAUGCUGAAAUACGUGAAGAAAUCGAUGUAUUCUAGGAUUAAUUGCUGUUAUAAAUUCGUCACUGAAUCAAAGGACGGAAAGCUCACGUAUAGUAAAUGUUCAGGCUUUAAGAACGGAGGAAAAGUAAAAUUGCUUCAAGAAACUAUCCGGGUAACAUGUACAGUUAAGAAUAAGAAAGAUACGAACAUAAUCUACGAUGAUAUUUACAAAGUAAUAAUAAAACGUAAUGAUAAGAAACGAGCAAGUAAAUUGAAACCCUGGAAUGUCCUUGUAUUGGGAAUGAGCCAUAUGUCACGAAUGCGAUUUUAUAACGACAUGCCUAAAACCGGCAAUUUCUUUAAAGACAACGACUGGUUAGACUUCAGAGGAUUCAACAAAAUAACACGAGAGGCUCUAUCAAAUGUACUAGUUCUUCUAGCAGGCAAAACAUUAACUGCAAUAAAAGCACAAUCUCUAGAUGGUCCGGUAGAAAAAUUAAUAUGGAAUGCAUAUCAGAAUGCGGGUUAUGUUACAGCUUUCGGUGAGGAUGAUAGGUUGCAACUGUUAGACAAUUUAGCUAGUCAGUUAAAUAUAAAACCGACAGAUCAUAAAUUACAGCCCAUCUAUCGCAUCGAUCACAGACGUAUAGGCAACUAUAUGUGUACAAUGAAACUACCAUCCGGUAUUCACUUACUUGAUUACGCUCAUCAAUUUGUCGAUUUAUACAAAAACAAAAACUUUUUCGGAUUUUUUUGGCUAAGCUCUUAUACCCAACAUUAUGAUGGCAUGCCUUCGCUAAUCGACUCGGAGAUAGCACAGUUAUUUGGAAACAUAAAAAAUAUUGGCGUGCUCAACAAUACUUUUGUAAUAUUUUUAAGUGAGACCGGUAUGAAGUCAGCCAAUUCGAAGUCAUCAAUAGCAUCGUAUUACGAAGAGCGGUUGCCAAUGUUAUUCAUGUGGGUGCCAUUAGAAUUUAGAAAAAAAUACAUAAAUGAAUAUAACAACAUAAAAUCCAAUCAGAUUGUUUUAGUAACCCCUUAUGAUAUUAAUCAGACUUUAAAAGACAUUUUGGAAUCCAGGGUAAAAUUAACCAAUAAUAGUAUAUCCAAUACAUGUCCCAAGUGUAAUGGUCUCUUUAAAAAGAUAUCUUUAACGAGAACAUGCACAGGCGCGGGUAUCGACGAAAAUGUUUGCACUUGCCGAGAUUACUCUACUCCUCCCUACAACAAUUUCAAUGUGCAAACUAGUUUGGAGUUAGCAGUCUCUUAUAUUAAAAACAGGGCUAGAUCUGUACAAACAAUAACGUGCAUGAUUUGCGAAGAAAUGGAACUAAACAGCGUAAUCAGCGUGCAUUCCUAUUUUUAUUCCAACCAAACGUACUACGUAUUGGCAAUUCAAAUGCAACCGAGGAACAUGAUGUACAGAGUAACCGUCGUUGUACAAAAAGAUAAUUUUUCUCUUGUUCACCCGAUAAACAGUUUAACUCCACCUGUAACUGGAAGAUGCGCCAUUAGAACGGAGGACACUAUGUAUUGUGCUUGUAAUGUGACUUUUUGUAAUAUUCAAUCAUCGGACUCACCCCCACCACAAUAAUUAAAAUGUGACAUUUUCUUUUAAUGACUCAUAUAGUGAACCAUAACCAUGGUUAAUGGGAACAGCAAAGUUACUACUAUUAAGGUUUUAUUUUCCUACCUAAGCUGGUGGUGUAGAAAGAGCGUAACCUUAACUAGUAGGUGAGCUCAUGGGGCUAAAACCUGACGAUGUUGCUAACACGAACCAUAGCAAGAGCCGUGCUUCGCAGAAUCUACCACCGGAUCGGAAACGCUACCCAUUGAAAAGAUCCGGCGAGAAACUCAGUGGGCUGUGUCUGUGGGUUAAUUUACUCGCUGAGCCCUUCAUCGCAAGCGACGGGUUCGACGAGAACGAUGACCGGUGCUUGGGGUAACUAAAAGCACCGUUAGUGGAUCGGGAGGAUCCGAAAUGACGUGAACUAUUAAGGGGGGGCACUUCUCAUGAAAUCCUGUUUAGUGCAGAACCUGCCACGGAUACCCGGAAACAAGAAAGCGAUUUAAAAAUGUACAUUGGUGGAACGUCACAUAAACAAAACAAAAAACCUUCUGGAGCUCAUCAGUUCCAGCAAUAUAUCAUAUGGAAAAGUCGUCAUAUAAAAAAGAUAAGUAUUUUUUGUUUUUUUUUUAUGAUUGAAGGAUUACUGGUGGCCUGGAGGCCUUUCCAGUUUUACCAGGACGCUACCAGGCUCGCAGGGCGAGCAAAGGCUCAACCAGGAGGGGUGGGAUUUGUUAACAACUGCCCGAGCGCCUCCGAAGGAGACCUAACAACUCCAGAGCAGCUGCUUCGCGAAUGAAAUACCGGAUCAAUAUCAAUAUCAAUCAAUCGGAUAAUCGGAAUCGCAUUCCACUGAGAAGAUCCCGCGAGAAGCCCAGCGGGUUGAUGCAUGGGUUAGGUUGCACGUAUAACUCGUUGUCGAGUUCGACUAGUAUGGUUACCGGGGUAGUUAGUAUUGUCUAGAUUAAUUCCUCAGAGCAUUCCAUGUGGAACAUUCUUUCGGUACCCCUGUAUAAAAACUCUUAUACCUUUCCAUUGUUAUCAGCGUUAUUUUAUUGUUAUACAUAUUUGGUAAAUUGGUCAUAUGGUACAACAAUAGACACCUAUAGGGGGUGCGCAUUUAUGAAAUCACUGUGAGACUGUACUAUUUAUUUUUACUGUAAUAUGUAAAUAUCUUAUCAUAUUUCUUUAUUACUCACUAGCGGCCCGCUCCGGCUCCGCUCGGGUCUUUAACAAAAAUUUCAACGAUAUUUGACGUUGUUUUAUUUUUUAAAUAAAAGAACACUUAUUGCGGCAUAAUUAUAAUAGUUAGACAUAUGCUGUCGCACCGCUUUUUGUAAAUAAUAAUGUGUUCUACAAAGUCGUAGUACAUUAUUUUAUUCUAUCAUUAAUAGUUUUCGCAGGGCACGCGAUGAAGAAUAUUUUAGAUAUUUUUUUCAUAUUGGGUUACAUUAUUAGAGUUUUAGUAAGGAUCCCAAAUUUUUUUCAAAAAUAUUAUAGCCUAUGUCACUCGGGAAUAGUGUAGCUUCCAAACAGUGAAAGAUUUUUUCAAAUCAGGUUCAGUAGUUUCGAAGCCUAUUCAAUACAAACAAACAAACAAAUCUUUCCUCUUUAUAAUAUUAGUAUAGAUUAGAACUCACUGCCAACCUGGCAUAACCGAAACCUAUAGAUAUCACAAUAAUGAAAAACACACAGGGUCAUGAAGUUGAAGUCCCAAUUGCACUUGUUGUAUAACGGUUGUCCCACAGUUCAACCGGAAACGCAGUAUGCGUUAACAUUACUAUUAGCAUUUACAAGGGUUGCCUCUGUUCCUAUGCCAAUAUCAACUUAUUAAAAAGUUGAUCAGGUAAUUGUAGUAUUUAUAGAAACUUUCAUACCUUUUUUUAUAAUUUUUAUUCAACUAUAGUACAUACAUAAAUGAUAUAUAUGUAACAUUAAAUUAACUUACUAGGUCAUAUCACAUGUCACCUAAUUUGCAUAAAUUUAGUCAUGGCUUUAUUAAAUUAAACCUCUAUCCUUUCAUAAUUUGUACUAUAAAACAAGACAUAAUAAUAUAAACACACAUAUACAAUGUUUCACAGUGUUAUAAUCGAAAUUACUAAAAAUAAGAAUGAAAAUAUGAAAAAAAAAUUAACACACACAA